AUUGAACAUUUCAAAGAUACAGAACAAAAAAUACAGGACAACAGGACAAGCGCAACUCUCAAUAAAAACAAAGAUGUUCCAGUGACGUCUUCCAUGACGUCACUUCCGCCUAAACAAAGAUGGUGGCCUCCGGUUCGUCCAUGUGUUCCUGAAUCGCUUUAAAUCUUUUUUGCCUCAUUUUGAUCAUUUUUUUCUUUACGGAAAACUGAGGGAACGUUUGCGAUCUGACUGAAACCACGACCGGAACCGGAAAUGCAGCACGACGACGUCAUUUGGGACAUCAUCGGAAACAAGCAGUUCUGCUCCUUCAAAGUCAAGACCAAGAGCCAGAACUUCUGCAGGAAUGAGUUCAACAUCACAGGCUUGUGUAACCGCUCGUCCUGCCCGCUCUCCAACAGUCAGUACGCCACCAUCAGGGAGGAGAAAGGUCAGUGUUUCCUGUACAUGAAGGUGAUUGAGCGAGCAGCUUUUCCUGCCAGGAUGUGGGAGAAGGUGAAGCUCAGUAAGAACUACGAAAAGGCUCUGGAACAGAUCGACGAGAACCUGAUCUACUGGCCUCGCUUCAUCCGACACAAAUGCAAGCAGCGCUUUACCAAGAUCACCCAGUACCUGAUCCGAAUGCGCAAACUGGUCCUGAAGAGGCAGAGAAAACUGGUUCCUCUCAGCAGGAAGGUCGAGAGCAGGGAGAAAAGGAAGGAGGAGAAAGCCCUGAUCGCUGCUCAGCUGGACAACGCCAUUGAGAAGGAGCUGCUGGAGCGGCUGAAGCAGGGAACGUACGGAGACAUCUACAACUUCCCUGUCCACGCCUUUGACAAAGCUCUGGAGCAGCAGGACCACGAGAGCGAGUCCGAAUCUGAAGGGGAGGACGAGGAGGAAGUGGAGGAGCGCGAGUUCGUCGCAGAAGAUGAGGUGGAGGAGAGCGACCUGAGCGACUUCGAGGACAUGAACAAACUCAAGACGAGCAGUGACGAGGGGGAGCAGGAGGAGUCCAGCGAUGAAGAGGAGCAGCAGGAGGAGUCCAGCGAUGAGGAGGCGGAGAUGGAGGCGGCGGCCUCCACGUCCAAAUCUGCAGCCCGUGGGAGAAAGAAGCGAGCGUUUGUGGAGAUCGAGUACGAGCGGGAAGUGGAGCCCGUCUCAAAGAACAGAAGUUUCUAGCUGUCAAUCAAAGCCUGGCUGCCCCGCCCCCUUCAGGUUUACCAUGGUUACCGUCACAGCAGCCAUGACGGGUCUUUGACGGAGCAGACAGAACAUGAACGUUGGUUCCAUUCCUCACAUUCAGAGCUGGGUUUGCUGGACCCAGCCAGAACCUGGACUAGACUGGACCUCAGAACCAACGGUCCUCUAUAAAACACCAAACGGCAGAACCCGUUCAGAACGAUCAGAACUCUGAUGUUCAUUUUGGAAUUAAAGAUCAUUUGUCUAAUAAAAGUCGAGAUGGAAAUGAA